AUGCCGAAGCCGCCGUUACUGCUGCGGGGGAGCCGCCCCGGGGACAGCGAGCUGGGGCGGCAGUUCCGGGACUGGUGCCUGCGCACCUACGGGGACUCGGCCAAAACCAAGACGGUGACCCGGAGCAAGUACCAGCGCAUCGCCGAGGUGCUGCAGGGGGGAACCGGCUCCGGCGGCGGCUCCGGCGGGGGGGAGAAAGGCAAGUUCCAGUUCUGGGUCCGGUCCAAGGGCUUCCGCCUGGGAAACGGCACCAGGGAGGCGACGAAGAUGGGUCAAGUGGUGGUAUAUGUGCCGGUGAAAACGGGAACGGGGGCAGAUGGACUGUCGGAGCCCGAGGGCAUCUCUCUGAAACGCGUGGCUGUGGUGGAAGAUUUCUUUGACAUCAUCUACUCGAUGCAUGUGGAAAGCUCGUCGGAGCCGGGCAAAGCACCCAAACAUGCCGGGCAGAAGAAAACCUACCGAGCGAUUGCAGAGACCUAUGCUUUCCUCCCGAGAGAGGCUGUGACCAGGUUCCUGAUGAGUUGCACUGAGUGCCAGAAGAGGAUGCAUUUCAACUCCAACGGCCUGGAGCCCAAAGAGAGUGAGCCACCUUCCUCCUUGGUUUCUGGGAUCAUUGACUACAACAUGCCCCUCACCUCGACCUACCUGAAGCAGAUGAAGCUGCGGGUGAUGAAUUCCCAGGAGCAGGAUGAGACGUCGGUGAGCAGCGAGGACUUUGAUAUGAACGACUCCACAUGGAUCUCAGCUGACCAGCACCUGAACUCCAGCCUGAGCCCCAGCCAGGACGAGAGCAUGCGCAGCCCGCAGAACCUGCACGGCCACGAGGACGAUGACUCCUCGUCAGAGAGCUGCAGCGGGAAUGGCUCCUCCACCCUGAACCCCUCCACUUCCAGCAGCACGCAGGGCGACAGCGCCUUCCCCGAAAUGAACGGCAAUGGCACCGCAGCCCCCAUGGACUUCACCACCUCUGCCGAGGACCAGCCCAUCAACCUCUGUGACAAGCUCACCCCUGCCCACAUCACCCCUUCCUACCAGUCUGACAGCUGCAGUGCCGACGGGCUGCGCAGCAGGGUCAAGUACGGGGUGAAGACCACAGCAGAGUCCCCGCCGUACAGCUCUGGCAGCUAUGACUCCAUCAAGACAGAGGUGAGCGGCUGCCCCGAGGACCUGACUGUCGGCAGGGCCCCUACAGCUGAUGAAGAUGAUGAUGACCACGAUGACCAUGAAGACAAUGAUAAGAUCAAUGACUCGGAGGGGAUGGACCCGGAGAGGCUAAAGGCCUUCAAUAUGUUUGUGCGCCUUUUUGUGGACGAGAACUUGGACAGGAUGGUUCCCAUCUCCAAGCAGCCCAAGGAGAAGAUCCAGGCCAUCAUCGAGUCCUGCAGCCGGCAGUUCCCCGAGUUCCAGGAGCGGGCGCGCAAGCGCAUCCGCACCUACCUCAAGUCCUGCCGCCGCAUGAAGAAGAACGGGAUGGAGAUGACCAGGCCCACGCCGCCCCACCUGACCUCAGCCAUGGCAGAGAACAUCCUGGCCGCCGCCUGUGAGAGCGAAACGCGGAAAGCAGCCAAGAGGAUGCGGCUGGAGAUCUACCAGACCUCCCAGGACGAACCGAUCGCUCUAGACAAGCAGCACUCCAGAGACUCCACAGCCAUCACCCACUCCUCCUACUCACUGCCAGCUUCAUCUUACUCCCAAGACCCAGUCUACAUCAAUGGAAGCCUGAACUACAGCUACCGUGGCUACGGGUCCCUGGGGGGCAGCCUGCAGCCCCCCGCAUCCCUCCAGACGGGCAACCACAGUAACGGUCCAACGGAUCUCAGCAUGAAAGGUGGGGCCUCCAGCACAGCCCCGUCCAACAGCACCAGCCGGGGCAUGCAGGCGGCGCAGCUCAGCCCCACGGAGAUCAGCGCCGUGCGGCAGCUCAUCGCCGGCUACCGGGAGUCGGCGGCGUUCCUGCUCCGCUCUGCAGACGAACUGGAAAACCUCAUUUUACAGCAGAACUGACUCCCCGUAUCUGCAUCGCUCCUCGGUCGACAAGACAAUUUGUACCUGCUAGAAAGAGGCUCCCGGCGGUGUCCUGCUCAGGACCAGCAUCGUCCUC